CAUCAACAUUCGAUGAAAAUAUUACGAUGUCAGCCAUCAAAUCUUGUCUGAAUGUUUUAUCUACAAGCGUCUCAAUAGUCGCUGCGGGUAGUGGAAAUCUAGAAGUCUUACGAAGAAUACGUAAACUUCAUCGACAAGAAGUUGAUACUAGCAGCUCAAGUACUAUUUCGCAUUCAUAUGGAACACAUAUGGUAACAAGCAUGUCAUUAGGAUUCCUAUUUCUUGGGGGAGGAAACUUUACACUUUCGACGUCCAACAAAGCGAUAGCAGGUUUAGUUUGUGCAUUAUUUCCAAGAUAUCCGAUUGAACCAUAUGAUAAUAGGGCACAUUUGCAAGCUUUUAGAGACUUGUGGGUAUUGGCAGUUGAACCCAGUUGUUUGGUUUUGAGAGAUAUUGAGACUAG